AUGUUGUCUUCUCCUUCUCUCUCUAGACGAGCUGAGCAUUUUGCUGUGAGCCCUGCUUUCGUCCAAGCCAUGGGAAAGGUCUUCCAAAAUAUAUACCAUGAGCAAAAUAAUCCAAACGGAAUUAUCAAUUUAGCAGUUGCUGAGAAUGUUCUCGUUUCCGAAUGGCUGUGCAAUACAUUUCAUGAAAUUGCAAUUCGACAUCCUCUCGAGCCAUCAAAUUUAAAUUAUACAAACUUUUCGGGAGCAAACGAGUUUCGAGUGGAAUUGGUGAAUAGACUUUUCAACCAAUAUAUUUUCAAGAGAGGGUCUGUAACUUCGGAGAGUCAUCAAGAUGAUCAUUUCGAGAAGAAGUUUUUUGACAUCAGCAAUUAUUUUGUUUGCAACGGUGCAGGUGAUGUUCUUGAAAUGUUGGGAGCUUCGUUGUGUGAUCCAGGAGAGUACAUCAUGGUCCCAGCUCCAUUGUAUUUGGGUUUCCACAAUGAUUUCAAUAAGAGAUUCCAUAAUCAUGUGUUGCCUGUCCAAAUGCCAUAUGAUACAGAAACCAAGUCUUUUAAAUUGACCGUUGAGAUGGUACGAGAAGCAUUCGAGAAGGAAAGCAAAACAAAAAACAUAAGGGCAUUCCUGUUGUGUAAUCCUAAUAACCCCACAGGAGACAUGUUUGAUGCAAACAUUAUUAGAGGAUUAAUUGAUUUUUGUAAGGAGAAGUCCAUUCACUAUAUCAGCGACGAAUUGUAUGCUUUGUCAGUUUUUGGAGAGGGUGAGUCUUUUGUGAGCGCUGCAAAUGUCAUGCAAGAGGAUGAUAGGGAUUAUGUUCAUAUUGUAUAUUCCUUUUCGAAGGAUUUGUGCUUGAAUGGAUUCAGAAUUGGUGUUCUCUUCACCAUGAAUGAGCAGCUGAAAAAAGUAUUUGACACAUGCAGUUAUUUUACAGGAGUUUCGUCGCACACUCAACACUUGAUGACACACUUUUUAAGGAGCAAGGACAAAGUCUCUCAAUUCCUCGAACUGAAUCGGAAAAAACUUGCAGAACAAUAUGCGUUGAUUUCUAGCUUUCUUCGAGAACGAAACAUUGAAUAUGUUGAAACAAGAGCUGGUCUUUUUAUUUGGUUCAAUGUGGAACGAUUAAUGAAACAAUACGUGUUCAGAAAAGGAAUCAUGAAAACUCCUUCUCUUCAAGAUACACUGACACAGGAAGAAGAAUAUCAGGUGUGGCUUGACGUUAUCGAUCAUGCACUUGUGAACAUUUCGCCUGCCCAAUUCUAUUUGACAAAUUUAACAGGUUGGGUUCGUGUGUGUUUUUCAGCUCAAAAGACAGAAACCCUCUUUUUGGCCAUGGAGAGGUUUUUCAAUUUGAUGAAUGAAUAA